UGUCUGCAUGCAUCUCAGCACUUCUCCUCAUCAAAUGAGCGUGCACCACUCCCAGCCAGGAUAAAUAUGUUGCCAGUCGCCCCUGCCUGCUGAAUGAAGAGGUGAAGACAUGGCACCAACACUGUUUGACAAUGAUCCAAAGCCGGGGGACCUGAUUGAGAUCUCUCGUGGGAUGUAUACACACUGGGCUGUCUACAUUGGAGGAAAUGAAGUUGUUCAUUUGCUUCCUCCAACACAUCCAGGUGGUGAGUUGGGAAACUUUGGCGAGCUGCUGACAUUAAUAGACAGCAGCACAGCGUGUGUGAGGCGUCAGAAGAUCUGGGAAGUGGUCGGCUCGAGCCGUUUUGAGGUCAACAAUCUUCUGGAUGACGAGUACCAGCCUCGUGAGCCUCACGUGAUUGUUAUGGAUGCCUGUAGGAUGGUUGGUCGAGAGCUCCCUUACUCUGUUGCCACUCAGAAUUGUGAACACUUUGUCACAGAGCUGCGCUACGGCAAGCCAGAGUCUCGACAGGUUCAAACAGCAGCUGUGAUUGGAGGGGUUGCUGCUGUUGGCGUAGCUGUUGCAGUUUUGGGUGCCGCUCUCUUUUCCUCUUUGACCAAAGAUGAAAACAAAAGAAGAAAUCAUAAGUGAUUGCAAUGGGACAGCGAUAUUAAAAAAAAAAGAAAAGAACUUGCCAUGGUUUAUAGCAGUGGAGGUGAAGGUGAAGUGCUAGGUGUUGAGGAGAGUAGUUGUGUAGAAAAACAGUCUUAGGUGAAAUCUUUUACAUUCCCAUGUGUGUAAAAGUCAAUGAAUGUCACCUUUAUUAAAUUUUAAAUUUUAAAUUUAGGAUUCUUUUAAAGAUAUGAUUACUCCCUCCAUAAGACAAAUACCAAACUGACAGAGGGAACUAUCUAAUUUAAAUAUGCCUAUACUUACCAUCUUUUUACUGUGUUCUUUUAUGAAUAAGUAACUGAUAAUGCAAUAAAAGCCGUGUUGGAGGUUCAACUCAGUUCAGAGCCUUUCAACUGCCAAACACAGAUGAUUGCUUUCACUGAAUUUUAAUUUUUCUCUGGAGAAACUUUUUCCCAGUAAUUGGCCACAACAUUGAAACCACUGCUGGGUGAAUAAUAUCGAUCAUUUCAUUAAAAUAAAUGUGCUGCUGGGAAACUUUGGGUCCUCUUCUGGAGUCCACGCUUUGAAAGGUCAGAGAUGUUUUUUGAAUGAUGAAUUUGCAUGUGCAAGCAGACAGAGUAGUUACAUCACUUGAAAACUUGAAAUAUUUACUGUAUGUGAUACAUAUUUUCACAGUAUCAAUCAUGACUGAAAAGCAGAGAGUGUAUCAAGAGUGGCUGUGCAAUCAUCGUGCUGCACCACAAUCUACAGCUGUUCAUAUGUUGACCCUUAUUACAGCCGAGGCAGACGGACCAAAUGAUGAGUCAUACCAGAUCAUGUGAUCACUGCAGGGUUUUUGUGUGGGUUGUUUUUAUAAAAAGGACUUGUGAAGAUUGAAGACAUUUUUGGCAAUAUUUCUUUGAAUUGUGAACAUUUUAGCAAAUCGCAGAUGCUUUUAGAAAGUUUAAAUUUGGACUGAAGUAACCACUGAGACUGUGUGCAGGUUUUGUACACAUAUUGAUUUUAUAUUACAAAUGUAUUUGGAUUUGCAUGUUUUCUGAAGCAUCCUCAUAUGUUAACCAACAGACAGAAUGCAUGAGCUCAGUAAGCAAUUUGACAAAAUCAAUUUACAGACAUAUAUACAAUCUAAUGUUAAUGUUAAUGUAGAAGCAGGUCAGGGCCGAGGGCCAGGCCAGUAAAGCUGUUAGCAGGUGGGUGCAGCGGGCUUGCUUAGUCCCCAGAAUCAGCACAGAACCCCAUAUUGUUCUUGAGGUCAGCGUCUGUGAGCUCCAUGAAAUCCAGUGCGGGCUUGCAAAUGCUCCGGUCGUGGGACAGAAUCCAGAAAUAAUAAGACCUCACACCCUCCACGCUUCGGGAGUCUGAUUGAAUGGUUAAUGGUGGCUGAUCAUUAAGCUCAGAAUGAGUAUGCAUAACAAAUGUGCAGCGAUGUCACUCAGUGACUGAUAGAAACACAGGCUGAUAAUAUACAUGAUUACAGAGAGACGGUGAGUCACAGCGUCAAACAUGAACGCUGAUUAGAUAAUAUUUAUCCAUCUAUCCAUCCAUCCAUCCUCUGCAGCUUAUCUGGUUCAAAGGUCUCAGCAGAGAAGCUCAAACCAGGGGCAAAUAAAUAGUAUUUAGUUUCCACUUAAUUUAGUUGAGAAAUGCAGCUUUAAAACAAACACUUUUUCAUUUUUUCGCCCUCUCCAUAAACUGUUUUUUUUUCCUGUGGUAUCAGUAAGAAUCUUUGGACAAAAGACUUUAUUAAGUCUGCUUUCAGAUAAGGUAUUUGUCAAUAGCAUCAAUCAAUAAUGUCAGUCAAAAAUGAGUGACAUUAAAAACAAGGCAAAAUCCCACAUUAAUGAAAUGAACAGCAUAAAGCCACAUAGUAGAUCCAGUAAGCUGUACGUGACCAGCAAAUGAUGAUGAUUAGAAUUCGUGGAUUUUUGUUGUUGUUGUUUGUUUAUUUCAUUUUAGUUUUGUUGUUGGCUUUGUUUUUUUUAUUUUUGGGUCUGAUCAUCAUGAAGUGAGCGUCAAAGAAAGGUCCUGCUCCUGAUUACGUGGCAAAUACUUCAAGUAGGAUUCUUGCAUUCAGUUUCUGUCUCAU